GUGUGUGUGUGUGUGUGUGUGUGUGUGUGUGUGUGUGUAUGUGUGCGUGAGUUUAGGGGGUGCGGUUUACACACAUGGUCAGCCACAGCGUGCAAGCAGGCAGGCAGGCAGGCUUGUCAUCUGGACCGCAGGAGCAUAACUUUGUUUGCACACUUCAUUACUAGAAGCGAAGCGCGUCUCCCGACCAGAGUAAAAACUACACACCAUCCAGUGCUCCUCAGGCUUUUCGGCCACCUGGACCGUGUACUCACCUCUCAGGAGCUCCCCAUCCCACAGCAUCCUUAGGGCCUCCAGCAGCCUUUGAGCCUACAGUGUACAUCAUCCUCACUACACCUGAGUCUACAUCAUCCUCACUACACCUGAGUCUACAUCAUCCCUACUUCACCCGAGUCUACAUAUUCACCUGACAGUGUUCUUCCCUGAGUGUUCCGUCAGGCCUGUCAGCAAGUCAUCAUGGCCUCGACGACCUUUGAUGACCUCAUCACCAGUUCUCUCCCAUCACCAAUCUACCAUACCUUCUUCCCCCCCAUGGACGAUGAUGAAACCACAUUACCAAGUGAAGACGUGUUUACUACGAUGCUUCCAGGCAACAUCACCCACCCACCCCUCUACGAGGAAUCAACUGCCCAAAUGGAGUCCACAUCAACUAUAUAUAAUAUAAUUGGUGGCCAUUACAUAGAGGACCACACGUCCAGCGGCAUCAUCCUCAUAGGGGUCAUCUUGGCCACGGUGUUGGUGUUCCUGUGCAUUGUGCUGGUCCUUCGCUACACGUUCAAGCACAAAGGCUCAUACCACACCAACGAGAAGGUCAACUCCGAAGCCGCCGAGCUACGGAGUGACGAUUCUUUCAAAGACUACCUGGAUGAAGAUGUAUGAGUGCCACAAAACAGCUUGGUGCUGGCGUUAAGGGGAUGAUUCAUGACUCUGCGUGUCCAGGGAAUGGACAGAACCGGAACAAAUGCUAGACGCGGAUCCCAAAGAUGGGAAACUGAGUUGGAGACUGAGGCGGCUCCAUGUUUGAUGCUGACAGCCAAAGCUUCUGUUUUUUUCCACAACGUCUUUAUUUCUCUCCUAAUUCUUUGUCAUGCACACACACACACACACACACACACACACACACACACACACACACACACACACACACACACACACACACACACACACACACACACACAGCCUCUCUUUCUGCUUAAGCCUAACAAAUAUCUCUAGAAUGUAUCAAUCGAUACUGACAUGACAGCUGAAAGCCUAACCCUUUGAAAGAAAAUCCAGUUCUAAGCUCAGAGCCAGUGGCAAAUUCAGUCCAGGGUCUCUGUACUGAUAGUACUAUCACCUGCCAGUGCUAAAAAUGAUAUGUCUUUACUUGUGCAUGCACACCUUCUACAGAUAAUGAAUUAUUUUGAAGUAUUUUUAUCUUUCUUUUUUUCUAUUUGUUUCUUGACCCACCGAUGGAGGGGUGCGUGGACAGUACUCACCCUGCCUCUCCUCUUUGCCUUGGCACGAGCAUCUUGGAAUGCCAGGACAGUGGCACUGAGCAGUGGCUUGUCCACGAGCACCUCUGAAUAAUUUAUCCUCCGAGUCGGAGUGCUCAGGUCCCUGGCUUCGGCGCAGACAGAACUAAUCCUGGCUGUUAUUGCCAAUAUGCCUUUUGAUCCGUUCCUAAAAGAUGAAGCCACCUCACCCUCAACCUGUGCUGUGCCUUCAUCUCUCCUUUAGCAUAUUUUUGUCUUUAAAAGGUCAUAAAAGUGCCUUUGUUUUAUUGCUCUUAUAAUAUCCAAUAUUUGAGCAGAAAGGUGGGGCUGAAGUUUUGCUGUUUCUUUCAUCGUUUGUUUGCUUGUUUGUUUGCUUGCAUUUUACUUUUUACUUCUGUAUGACAUAAAUGUACUUGCAGUUUUGAGCCAACACAUGAGACUGGUGGGAGUUGAUGCAGUUUUACUAUCAUGUGCUUUUUCAUAUUAAAGUUUUCUUCUGAUUUUG